ACUGACGUUUAUAUUUUUGUUGAUGAAUUUGUUUGCAGCCUAUACCUGGAUGGCGUCUGAUUUGUGUUUCAACUAUUUAUGCGACAUUUCUUCUUAGUUUAUUGUUUGAAAUACGGAACAAUAGAAGUUUACUAUGAACUUGCAGCUGUUAGAAUCUUUCGGUCAAAACUACCCCGAAGAAUUUGAUGGUUCGUUGGAUUGCAUCUCACUGGCGGUAACCUGCGCUUUCAACAAAUAUGGAACAUUACUUGCUGUCGGAUGCAACGACGGUCGCAUCGUUGUGUGGGAUUUCUUAACCAGAGGAAUCGCCAAGAUCAUAUCAGCCCAUGUUCACCCGGUAUGCAGUCUCUGUUGGUCCCGGAAUGGUCACAAACUGCUGUCGGCAUCGACCGAUAACAACGUAUGCAUCUGGGACGUUCUGAGCGGAGACUGUGAACACAAGUACCGAUUUCCGUCUCCGAUCCUAAAGGUACAAUUUCAUCCGAGGAAUGACAACAAAUUUUUGGUUUGUCCUAUGAGAUACGCGGCAGUUCUGGUGGAUAUUGGGGGAAAGCAUCAGUGUUUGCCAUUGGAUAACGAUGGAGACCUGAACAUCGUUGCGUCGUUCGACCGACGAGGUGAACAUAUUUACUCUGGCAAUGCAAAGGGAAAAAUACUGGUAUUGAACUCGGCCACAUUGGAAAUUAUAGCCAGUUUCAAAAUUGCGGUGGGGACAUCGAGUGCGACAGCUGUUAAAAGUAUAGAAUUUGCGAGGCGUGGAGAAGCAUUUUUGGUUAACACAUCGGAUCGAGUCAUUCGGGUGUAUGAUUCGAAAGAGGUCGUAACAUGUGGAAAAGAAGGCGAACCGGAGCCCAUCCAGAAGUUACAGGAUUUAGUUAACAAGACAACUUGGAAAAAGUGCUGCUUUUCAGGUGAUGGCGAAUAUAUUUGCGCUGGUAGUGCCCGCCAACACGCCUUAUAUGUAUGGGAAAAAUCGAUAGGCAAUUUAGUAAAAAUCCUACACGGCACUAAAGGUGAACUGCUUUUGGAUGUGGUUUGGCAUCCAGUUCGUCCAAUCAUUGCCAGCAUUAGCUCUGGGUUGGUUUCAAUCUGGGCACAGAAUCAGGUUGAAAAUUGGUCAGCUUUCGCACCCGAUUUCAAAGAAUUGGACGAAAAUGUUGAUUACGAGGAACGAGAGUCGGAAUUCGACAUAACGGACGAAGAUAAAUCAGUUGAUCUGGCUGCCGAAUCCAAAUACGACGAAGAAGUUGAGGUGGAUGUAGUUUCCGCGGAACCAAUCGCUGCAUUUUGCUCAUCGGACGAAGAGAACGAAGAUGAAAAUGCCCUUCAAUUUCUGCCAAUGGCACCAGAAGUGGAAGACCCGGAGGACGGUUGGGGUUCUCAGGACAAUUCAGACUCUUUGCUCACAGGGUUUAACAAUAACUCGGCUGGGAAUGAUCCGCUAUCGAUGAAAGAAAACGAACCAUCCUCUAAACGACGAAAGACCAGCGCAUACGAUAUUGCUCUGGACAAUGCACCGAUUGAGGACGUUCAUCCACUUUUACAGAACAAAGCAAACAAAGAUAAGGUAACUGCAGCCAGUAAAAAAGCUGCAGGUCGUCCGCGAAAAUAGAUGAAAAAUUUGCCGAACAUAUUGGAAUACCAUAAGAGGAAAACAUUGUUAGUUUUAACAAUCCUAACAAUAAACCAAAAAUUGGUUUCACUGAUUGGAUAUUCUCGUUUACUUCAAAUGUAAAUAAAUCAACGUAUCCGACUUUCGGGAAGAAUGUUUUC